AUGUCUGUCACAGACCAGCUCCUGGGCGAGCACCCAUGGGACCUUACUGUGAGGUUUGAUGGAUCUCUCAGCCGCGACUCAUCUCCAUUCAAAGGACCUCCUUCGAAAGAGGUUGAUAAGCUAUGGGAAGGUCUCGUACCUCAGCGCAUGAUGGUCAUCUCCGAAGGCGUAUUCCGAACCAUCAAUACCUCAAGCCAUUCCGCUAAAGCCCCACCCAGCCUAGGCGAAGGUCGUCUUGCAGCAUUUGAAGGCUUCCAUUACAUUCAUUGUUUGCACAACCUGUGGAAAACUCAUUAUCCGGACUUUUACACCGAAGAAGCCAGAUUUUCAAAAGAGCAUCCUGACGAGUGGCUAGAGCACGUUGACCAUUGCGUGGAUAUGCUACGCCAGAAGCUCGUGUGUGAUGCCGACCCGGGCCUCAUCACCUACAGCUGGUUAAAGAAUCACUAUAAUCCUCACCCCAAUUUCAACGUCCUGCACAAGUGUCGUGACUACAACAAGCUUUUGGACGCGUCAGAAAAAUAUGGUGUGGAUAUGGGGCUUCUCCCUGAAGAAGGUAUAAGGCGGCCGGAAGGUGAAAAGGUAGUCGAUUUCGUGGAGCCGCCGUUCGAUCCGUUAGCUGAAGAAUGA